UAGUACAAUCUUUCAAUUCUCUUUUACGUAAAUUUGCAUUUUUCUCUUGUUAAUAUACUUACUUCAAAUUAUGGCUAGUCGGUUUCCUUUAACCCGUUUUUCUGUUACAGCUGCAACAGCAACUCGUAAUAGAGUUGCUCAUAUUACUCGUCGUAACUUUGCUGCAGAAGCUGUUCCGGAAGGUUUUGUUGCUAAACGCAAGGGUGUUGAGGAACAUGCAAAAUCUAGCUCCGAUCUUUGGAAGAAAAUUUCGUUGUACGUUUGUCCCAUAGCUUUGAUUGCUAGUUCUGCUAAUGCUCUCAUGAUCAUGAAACAACAUGCUCAACACCAUCAUGAAGCUGAAGAUCACCCUCCUUUUGCUUAUCAAAAACUUAGAACUAAGCCUUUUUGUUGGGGAGAUGGAGAUCAUACUCUUUUUCACAAUACUGCUGUCAAUGGACCAUAGACGAUUCGUAUUGAAUAAAUUUUGAUAGUUGAGAUAUUUUAUAUAUUUUGCUUUCAUUUUGACUCUUAUAUUAUAAAGAUCCGUUCAAUUCUUGAUAAAAUUUGCUAAUAAAACUAUUAUUUAACGGAAUUAAAUUAUAUUUACGCAACUAUCUGAAAUCUAAACUAUAAUACAUUUAAAGAAGUAUUAUCGAGAACAAUUCUACAAUUAAAAAUAUUAAUAAUUAAUUGAAAAGCAAAUAAUUUAUUAAUUACAAAAAAAUAGGGUUAUAUACAUAUUAAAAAA